CUUUGCUACUACUACUACUAUUACAUUGAACCCUUUGUGUUCUUCUUGCUCUUCUUCUGCUGAUACUUUGUUCGAGUGAUUUCUUACAUGCCGUCGGAGAUUGUUGAUAGGUUUGUUUCUAACAUUUUUAGAUUUUUUCUCUGUUUUUUUUCGUCUUGUGCAUGUGUGCUAAAUGUGAUUGUUCAUUGUUAGGCUUAAAGAUUUUGUUUUUAUCGACUGUUGUUGUUUUCAAGUUCCUUUGUUUGUGUAAAUGGUGGAAGCUGAAAGGUUUUCAAUUUUAGGGUUUUUGGGGUUUUUCGUAGACAGGAAUUUGGAACUCAUUGUAUGAUUUUGGGCAUAAUUUGUCUCUUUUGGAUUGAGUUCUUUGCGAUUUGUGGCUUCGUGUGUGGAAAUUAGAGGAUUUUAGCUGUAAUAAUCCUUAAAGGUGGUACCUUUCCUGAAACAGAAGUUAGUUUAUGGGUUCUCUGUUGAAUCCUUAGGUGAUUCUCUGUUUCUGAGUUUGCUCUGUUCUAAAAUUUCUAAUUUUGUUCGUGAUGUGGUUUCUUUUUUGCUCGCUGUGAUGCUGCAGAUUGUGAAAACUUCUUCUUGUAGCCACUUGGUGUUAUUACCUUCAGGUGGUUAAAAAUUGUUUCGAAGUAUAGUCGAGAGCCCGUUGCUUUAAAUUUUGUGAAGAGAGAAAAAGAAACACAAUAGAGAAAAUGGGAGUUCUCGAGCAUGUUGCUAAUCUUGCUUCUAUGCCCUUUGAUUCUCCCAGGAAAAGGAAGUCUCGUGGAACACGAGAUGUAGCUGAGAUUCUAAGGCAAUGGAGGGAGUAUAAUGAGCAGACCGAGGCAGAUUCUUGCAUCGAUGGUGGUGUUCCGAAACCAGUCCGAAAUCCUCCUCCAAAAGGUUCGAGGAAGGGUUGUAUGAAAGGUAAAGGAGGACCUGAAAAUGGGAUUUGUGACUAUAGAGGAGUUAGACAGAGGACAUGGGGUAAAUGGGUCGCUGAGAUCCGUGAGCCAGGCCGAGGUGCUAGGUUAUGGCUCGGUACUUUCUCUAGUUCAUAUGAAGCUGCAUUGGCUUAUGACGAGGCUGCCAAAGCUAUAUAUGGUCAGUCUGCCAGACUCAAUCUUCCCGAGAUCACGAAUCGCUCUUCUUCGACUGCCGCCACUGUGUCUGGCUCGGUUACUGCAUUCUCUGAUGAAUCUGAAGUUUGUGCACGUGAGGAUACAAACGAAAGAUCUGGUUUUGGUCAGGUGAAACUAGAGGAUUGUAACGAUGAAUAUGUUCUCUUAGAUAGUUCUCAGUGUAUUAAAGAGGAGCUGAAAGUAAAAGAGGAAGUGAUGGAAGAACAUAACUCGGCUGUUGGUUUUGGAAUUGGACAGGACCCGAAAAGGGAGAUUUUGGAUGCUUGGUUAAUGGGAAAUGGCAAUGAACAAGAACCAUUGGAGUUUGGUGUGGACGAAACGUUUGAUAUUAAUGAGCUGUUGGGUAUAUUAGACGACAACAAUGUGUCUGGUCAAGAGACAAUGCAGAAUCAAGUUGAUAGACAGCCAAACUUCAGUUACCAAACGCAGUUUCAAGAUGCUAACUUGCUCGGGAGCCUCAACCCUAUGGAGAUUGCUCAUCCUGGAGUUGAUUAUGGAUAUCCUUAUGUGCAGCCGAGUGAAAUGGAGAACAAUGGUAUUGAUUUAGACCAUCACAGGUUCAAUGAUCUUGACAUACAGGACUUGGAUUUUGGAGGGGAAAAAGAUGUUCAUGGCUCUACAUAAGAUCUCAGAUUCAUAUUGAAUGGCCUAAGUUUGUUAUUCUGCUCCGAUACGGUCUAGCUGUUACUAGCCAGAAGCUGACUUUCUUUGAAGCUGCUGAUACUUUCUGAUGUUAAUGGUUUUGAGGCAUAGUAAAUGUAGUUAGGUAAUGUAGGACAGUUCGAAUAUGAUCCCUUCUUUCUUCUUCUUGUGAAUACAUAUGAAGUUUAAAGUUUAUAGAAAGUUUUAAUCUUCUUCGA